AUGCGACUUAAUGGGUGCUUAAAGUUCCGUCGUUAUGGGCCUGCCCGUCGCUUUUUCCGAAUCACCCUGCUCUUAACGCUUGUGUGGUUCAUUGCAGAUAUAUACUCUGUCCACCGGUCAUUCAUCGCAGCAGAGCCAUCUGCAAUUCAAGCCCAUUCCGGCCAUAAUGCCGGCCGCAUCUUCAUCGCAAGUCUCCAUUGGAACAAUGAAGCCAUCCUCCGCAACGACUGGAACGAUGCCGUUGUCCAAUUAGUCUCUCACUUAGGACCCGAAAAUGUAUUUGUGAGCGUCUACGAAAGUGGCAGCUGGGAUGAUUCCAAGGGCGCAUUGAGGGAACUAGAUGCCCGCCUGGAUGCGCUCGGUACACCGCGAAAUAUCACGUUGUCGGAUGUCACGCAUGAAGAUGAGAUUUCCGCGCAACCUGCCCCAGAAGGGUGGAUUGAUACGUCGAGAGGUCGUAGAGAGCUUAGACGGAUUCCGUAUCUUGCGCGGUUGAGGAAUUGGGGUUUAGCGACUCUGGAGGAGCUCGCGGGGAAGGGUGUUGCCUUUGAUACAAUUCUGUUUUUGAAUGAUGUCGUGUUUACGACGCAGGACGUCUUGGCACUACUAGAUACCAACGGCGGCUCAUACGCAGCCGCCUGUUCACUGGACUUUUCCAAGCCACCACUAUACUACGAUACUUUCGCAUUGCGAGAUUCUAAUGGCGAUGAACCCUUGAUGCAAACAUGGCCGUACUUUCGCUCCUCGAAAUCGCUUGAUGCGCUUCUCUCAAUGUCUCCGGUCCCAGUUACCAGCUGCUGGAACGGCAUGGUGGCAAUGCCAACAACUCCCUUCCUAUCACAAAGCAACCCCUUACGUUUCAGAGGAAUCCCUGAUUCUCUCGCCCUCCACCACCUCGAAGGCUCAGAAUGCUGUCUCGUCCAUGCCGACAACCCUUUUUCCACAACACAUGGCGUAUUCCUCAACCCCAAAGUUCGGGUUAGCUAUAAUCGUGCCGCGUAUGAAGCUGUUCAUCCGCCGGCAACACAGAAUUGGGUCUCUUCUUCCCCCUUUUCGUUGACUAAAGUAGUGCUAUCCCUCUGGGAGAAUCGGUUGCGUCGCUGGUUUUCGACGCCGUUCUUUUGGAAGAGGGCUAUUCGACGCAGGGUUGAGCGAUGGCAAGAGGAGAGUAACGCAGAGCAUAGAAGUGAGCCAGGGGAGUUUUGCUUAGUUGAUGAGAUGCAGGUUCUUGUCAGUAAUGGGUGGGCACAUGUAUAG